AUGGCUCAGGAGGCACCAACAUCUCCAACCAAUACCUUUGGAGUGGCUUCGUCUUGGAACUCUGAUGAUGAUGAAUAUGAUGAUUCAUCAUACUCCUCCGCCCCUACCACGGAUAUUUAUUAUGAUGACUAUUACGAGUCCUCAUACUCCGAUGAAGAAUCAUCGUCAUAUGAUGAUUAA